CUCUAUUUAACAUCCAUACCAUGAAUUUACAAAAUACAAACUCUUUAAGAAAGUUUAAAACUUGUUAUUACAAUCAAUGUCGUUCUUCACAAUCUUUUGCUUCAGCGAUCGAACUCGAUUCCCGGGUCUUUCAAGAUGUACGCAACCCGUUCGACGAAAUGCCCCAUAGAGAUGUAUCUAGUUCUAGCCAUAACCAUCUUCUUUUCCAGUAUGCUCGAACGAAUAACAACGUUCAAGCUAUGAGACACUUUCUGGGUAUUCGUCGUUUGGGGUUACCGGUUAAUGGGGCGACCUUUUCUUGCGUGUUAAAGAUAUGUGGAAGCUUGUAUAAUCAAAUAAUUGGAAAGCAAGUACAUUGUGAUUGUAUUAAACAUGGGUUAGUUGAGGAUAUUAGUGUGGGGACAUCUCUUAUUGAUAUGUACACGAAAACGGAUGCAGUUUGGAUGGCUGAAAGAGUGUUUAGUGAAAUGCCUGAUAGAAAUGUGGUGUCUUGGACUUCAAUGCUUACUGGGUAUUCGUUGAGGGGACUUCACGAGCGGGCGGUAGAUCUUUUUUUGCAGAUGCAAGUGGAAGGGAUUAAGCCUAACCCGUUUACGUUUGCAACUGUUCUUGGAGCUUUAGCUGAUAGUGGUGCAGUUGUAAAAGGAAUGCAAGUGCAUACCAUGGUUGUGAAGUUUGGUUUUGAGCUGACUACGUAUGUAUGCAAUUCUCUAAUUAGUAUGUAUUCAAAAUCGGGAAUGAUAGAAUAUGCAAAACUAGUGUUUGACGGUAUGGAAAUCAGAGACGCAGUAUCAUGGAAUGGAAUGAUAGCAGGUCUUGUGACAAAUGGGCAUGAUUUAGUUGCCCUUGAUUUGUUCCAUAAAAUGAGGCUUUCCGGAGUUAAACUUACUGAAGCAAUCUUUGUUACUAUAUUGAAAGUAUGUGCUAACAUCAAAGAAAUAGUUUUUACAAAACAGCUCCAUAGUGUUGUUUCAAAAAACGGCAUGGAGUCUUAUCCUAAUCUCAAAACUGCUCUUAUUGUUUCAUACACAAAAAGCUCUGAAAUGGAUGACACGUUGAAACUAUUCAGUAGGAUGAGCGGAGUAAACAACGUGGUAACAUGGACAGCAAUGAUUGGUGGUUACAUACAAAAUGGAAGUAUUGACAAAGCAGUGAAAUUAUUCUUUCAAAUGUGCAGGGAAGGUGUUAGGCCAAACGAAUUCACCUAUUCCACCAUCCUCGCUGCUCAUCCCAUGGUUUCUCCCUUACAGAUUCAUGCACAAGCCAUCAAGACAAAUUAUGACUCAUCAGCAUCAGUUGGCACUGCACUUUUAGAUGCCUAUAUGAAAAUGGGAAACAACAUUGAUGCUGUAAAAGUUUUCGAAUGCGUGGAAGAAAAAGAUAUUGUAACAUGGUCUGCUAUUUUAGCUGGAUAUGCACAAUUGGGGGAUGCUGAUGGGGCAGUAAAUGUAUUUUGUCAGAUGGCAAAUGAUGGGGUGAGACCAAACGAGUAUACAUUCUCAAGUAUCCUUAACGCUUGCGCUAGUCCAAUGGCAGCCAUUGAGCAUGGGAAACAGUUCCAUGCAGGUGCAAUUAAAGAAAUCUACAACAACGCGUUAUGUGUAAGCAGUUCUCUUGUUACCAUGUAUGCAAAAAGAGGAAAUAUCGAGAGUGCGAACAAAGUUUUUGAAAGACAGCCUGAAAGAGAUUUAGUUUCAUGGAAUUCAAUGAUAUCAGGAUACGCACAACACGGGUAUGGAAAAAAGGCUCUCGAGAUAUUUGAGAAAAUGUUAAAAGAGAAUUUGGAAUUGGACGAUAUUACAUUCAUUGGUGUGAUUACCGCGUGUACACAUGCAGGAUUAGUUGAUGAAGGUGAACGAUAUUUCAAUAUGAUGGUGAAAGAUCUUAAUAUUGAACCAACAUCAGAACAUUACUCGUGUAUGGUUGAUCUUUAUAGCCGCGGGGGAUUACUAGAAAAGGCUAUGACUUUUAUAAAUGAUAUGCCGUUUCCUGCAGGCCCGACAAUCUGGCGGUCUCUUUUGGCUGCUUGUCGGGUUCAUAAAAACAUGGAGAUAGGAAAACUUGCAGGAGAUAAACUUAUGUCACUAAAGCCUCAAGAUUCAGCCGCGUAUGUUUUAUUAUCGAAUUUAUAUGCAACAGGUGGUAACUGGCAAGAAAGAUCAAAAGUUAGGAAACUGAUGGAUGAGCGAAAUGUGAAGAAAGAAGCUGGUUAUAGUUGGAUUGAAAUCAAGAACAAAACAUAUUCAUUUGUUGCAGGUGAUACUUCACAUUCUUCAUCGGAUAUUAUUUAUUUAAAGUUGAAAGCAUUGGAUUCAAAGCUACGGGAUGCAGGGUACUUGCCAGAUACAAAUUAUGUUCUUCAUGAUGUUGAAGAUGAGCACAAGGAAGAUAUUCUUUUCCGUCACAGUGAGAGGUUGGCUGUAGCGUAUGGGUUAAUUGCUACACCUCCUGGCACUGUGUUGCAGAUUAUGAAGAACCUUCGGGUUUGUGGUGAUUGUCAUACCGUGUUUAAGCUUAUAUCUAUGAUUGAAGAAAGGGAAAUAAUCGUUAGGGAUUCACAUCGCUUCCAUCAUUUUAAAGAUGGGGCAUGCUCUUGUGGGGAAUAUUGGUAACCAUUGUUAAAAAAAAGUUUUGAGACCAUCUGCCUAUAAACUUCAGGAAAGCAGCUUCGGUAACUUGGAGGUUCACCAUUCACGUCAUCACUUCAUCAUGCCGAAAAGCACCCAUUGAUUAUGCAUAGCCAAUCUAAUACUGCUUUGUUGGCUGAUGGGGACUUCAGAGCCUGGAUACGGUUUGCCCAAGUGGUAUCAAAGAAAUCAGGGCUUUGAGGAAUCUGCUGGCAACCUUUAAUGGUGAAAAGACAGGGGUGUUGUGUUACGAGGAGCAGAUCCAAGUCAUUCGCAAAUUUUUACAUGAAUCAACUACAAAAUGAACCAUGGUGGGCUGAAUAGAAGUCAAUCAUAACUUAUCUGUUUGAACUUCGAAGCUACCAAGCCUGCAAUAUGUCAAAGUGACUUUAUUGUUUGGUGACUUUUGAAUAUAUUUACAGCCAUUCUUAUUGUUAAUCAAGUGACAUCCAGUAUUUUCCUAUCACCACAAAAUCUUGGCUAUUUUAACUUGGUUGAGUUGAAAGCAGUUAAAUUUGUUCAA